AUGCGCAGAUUCUUCGCUACGUUGAUGCUUGGGCACGACUUGUUCUUCCUUGCUUGCUAUGUCCAGUCCCGCUGCUCUAUCGAGCUCAUUGUCGUGCUGGUGCUCGAGUUUGUGUCCAGAGUGCGCAGCAGAUUUAGGAGCGGUGGCACGACUUCCGCCAGUGCAGUAGAAGAGAUUGGGGCUCCUGCAAAUGUCCAGGUCAUCGAUGUCGUCUCAUCGUCCCGUCGUCGCAAUUUUGUGCCUGCAGCAAGUGGCUUUUCGAUGAUUGGUGGACCUUCCUUCUCCACGUACCCCACGAUCCCCAUGAACGCCAUCUAA